AUUUUAGUAUGUCAACAACAACACAAAUGCUUUGAAAGAAAUCGUAAAAUUCGCAAAUCCUAACUUAAUACGCGUAAAUAUCAAAACGUGCUAAGAUGAGUGGAUCAGAUAAGCCUAAGAUCCCAGAUGCACCAACGCCGGCUUUAGCUCCUGGGAACUUGCUUUCCAGCGUUGCGCCACCAUCCCAGCUCCCGAAUUUCAUCACUGCCACUGAUAUCGUACCAAAUGCAGCUCCUGUACAACCUGUCAUAGUUCAGCAGAGAUUGGAUCCACAACCAGAAGUUAUGGAAACUUUCAGCCCUGCCAUUCCACUAAGUAAAGGUGAGCCAAUGGUGUCAAUUAGGUCUCCAGAUGACUCACAAAACACACUGUCUCCUGAAUCUCUACCAGCCUCCACUCCUGAGUUGGAAGCUAUUGGUGAUGUGAUGCCAGGUAGUGCCUUGUUCACAUGGGUGAAAGGAGCUGUCUCUACAGGUGGCAUACUACACAGGGUGGCUGAGAAGGCUAAAAGUUCUGUGGACUCCAUGAUCACAACAUUAGAUCCGCAAAUGAAGGAAUAUCUUAAAAGUGGUGGUGAUUUGAACAUAGUUGUUGCAUCAGACAAGGAAGUUAAAAUCUCCCCAGUCAGGGAGGCCUUUCAAGGAGUAUUUGGAAAAGCAACUGUUGUUGGUAGUCCGGCCCCAAGUUCGGUGACCGCCACGCAACCUGUGGGAAGCGCGGCCGCGUACGCCGCCGCCAAGCAGAGGAUCGCACAGGUUCGUUCUACGAACACGCAACUCACCAACAACGUACCAGUCGUCGCUAUUGAGGGGUUCCUGCAGGAGGCACAGCCUGACAGAUGGUACGAAUUAUCCCUGCUGCUGCUAUCGCAGCCGUCGCUAGGCAUAGAACUGCAGCUCCAGUCACAAGGAACUCCGGUACCAGCUGCUGCGCUGGCGGCUCUGGCGGCCGCUACGCCUGAAGAUUAUCCACAUAAGCAGACUGGCUAUAGCGUCACUAUAGGCUCCGUUAUGGCUGCUAGUUUACAGGUACCGCACACGCAAUGGCAGGAGGCGGCGACGGGAGUAUCCCGGAGGGAACUACUAGUGCUGGCUGCUCGCUCUCUCGCUGGUUCAUACAAGAAGAUGCUGGCCGUAUCCGCAGCAGAAACCUAAAUUGCUAUCGCUCAGACUGAUGGAACAUGAUCUCGGCUUUUGCUUAAUACAACACGAUGAAGACGUUACGAGAAUACAUACCCGAAUCUAUUUAAUAAGUGUAUAUAAUAAUAUGUAUUUUAUAUAAACAUGUAAUAAAUUAUAU